AUGAUGGGCUCGCUGAGCCUAGCCAAGGCCUUCUCCUUGCUUGUGAUAUUAGCUUAUUGCUCCGUCUCAGAACAAGCAAGUAGAACAAUUCGCAGGGUGGGGAUCGUGAGAGCCUCAGAAGACGAAACAUGGAAAACUCUACCCAGUGCGCAGGUUAAUAUGAAAGGAUCAGAGUUGACGUUAAAAGAGAAAGCGGCUUCGUAUCCAGGUUUUAUGCCAGAGACUGCCAAAGUCAUACAGAAACGAUUGUUCGAAAAUGAUGAUGGUAUUGGACCUAUGGGUUGUGGAUACCGAAAUGUCAGUGACCCAACCAACAAAACCAUUAUAUGCAGUACUUCCCCCGAUGCAGGAUACUACAGAAUAGGAUGUUUCUCUAUUCUGCAUCCUGUUGGCGACGGAAAGUACGUUUUUACUUCUCAAGGUUGUUGGGAGCAAGAGCUUUAUGCUCUCGGCACCUGUGAUCGCGACCAUUGUGUAAUUCGUGUCAAUCAGAACGCCACUACUCCAGCAUUCUGCUGUUGCACAACGCCUUUCUGUAACGAAGUAGCCCAAGUUGAAUACUUAGAACGUAUGGCCAGGUCUCAAAAUCUUGUCAUUGGCGAAGAAACAGAAUCGGAUCGACUUUCAAAUGCAAUCGCUUUCUUCAUAAUUUUCCUCACUUGUUCUUUCCUUAUAAUGAUUCUGUCCUACCUGUGCUAUAGAAAGAAGCGAAGAGCUUCUUUCGUGCCACUACCAACGUAUCAAGUUCCUCGUGAGCUUAACAAGGAAACGUUGCAAGCUUUGGAAGAAUUGAAAGAAGGACAAAUCUCAGAUGUUAAGCUGUACCAGGAAAUUGGAAGAGGAAAGUUCGGUGGAAUUUUUAGAGGAGAGUUCCUUCAAAAAGGAGAAACAAAAGUUGUAGCUGUAAAGAUGACUGAUGUUUCCAACGCUGAAUUCUUCUUGGCUGAGAAAUCUUGCUUCGAAUGUGAAUACGAACAUCCAUCCAUUCUAAAAUUCUUCGGUUACUUUAUAAGGGAGUUUGACAUCGGAAUGGUUUUCGAGUAUCUACCAAUGGGAAGCUUGCAACGAUAUCUUGCGUUGAAUACAGUCCAAGUUGAGGAUGCUCAUUCUAUCAUUGUCAGCUUGCUAGAUGCUUUAACUUUCUUACACGAAGAGAAGCUCCCUACUGGAGAGUAUAAGCCUACCAUCGUGCAUCGAGACAUUAAGAGUGGCAAUGUCCUCAUCAAAAAAUCAGGCGACAGAGUAGUCUCUAUUCUUGGUGAUUUCGGACUUUCUGUUGUUUGUAAAGAUUCGUCUAUUUCUGAGAAGGGUAGAGGCCAAGUCGGUACACGUCGAUACAUGGCUCCUGAAUUACUUGAGGGUGCCACUGAGUUCACGGUCUCGGCGUAUCGAAAAAUAGAUGUUUAUGCUCUCAGCUUGGUUAUCUGGGAAGUACUUCUUAGAGCUGAUACUGCUAAGAGAACGCCACUCUACAAAUUCCCAUAUGAGGCUGAAUUGGGAAUUUCACCAACAUUAGCUGAUCUCCGAAUUCAUGUCGUUCAAAAAAGACAGCGGCCAGGUCUUAGGCUAGACUUGGAUCAACAUGAGGUUCUGGGGCCUAUAUCACGCUCUCUCGGUGAAAUGUGGGCACAUGAGCCAGAAUCUCGGGUUAGUGUUGGCUGUAUGUGGGAGAGAAUUAGAGUACUUGCUAUCCGUACAAAGUUGGACAACCGAACUCCGCUUGAGAGUCUGGGCCAUAUCGCUCUUUCGCGCGGCAUGUUAACAGACAGUGACUACACCGGAGAGAAAAUAGAUAUUGAAAGAACUGAUGUUAUUCCCGAAAAUCCCCCUGGAUACGGAAUCUUAGGGGAUUUCAAUGGAGAACCUGUUGAAGACCCUAUAUACGGACCGGUUGAAGGUCCUAUUUACGGUCCAGAAAAAUAUGAGCAAGUUAUUCCACGUGGUCCUUUGCUUCUUGCCCAAAAAAAUUUGUAA